CUGGAGUCUAACAGGAAAACAAACAAACAAACAAACAAAAAAGCUAAGCUUGCUUCAUCAUGGACACAGAAACCAGCAUCAGACACAUAAACAGCUUUUCACAGCACACAGACACAGAGUUGUUCUCGUCUGACGAGGACAGCAGUCUCUACUUCACCUACAGCGGAGAGUGCAAUGAGCUGGAAGUCACCAACUUGCACUAUGAGGUGGACACAUCGGCUCAGAUUCCCUGGUAUGAGAAAUUGUCCGAGUUCAAAUUGCCGUGGGAGGUGAAAGGGAACAAGCAGAUGGCCAUCAACAACCUGAGCCUGCGAGUCCGCAGCGGUCAGAUGCUGGCGGUCAUCGGCAGCUCAGGCUGUGGGAAGACCUCCCUGCUGGACAUCAUAACUUGUCGGGACGAGGGCGGCAGAAUGACCUCCGGUCACGUCCUGAUCAACGGGAAGCCCAACACGCCGCAGCUGGUGAAGAAGAGCAUCGCUCACGUUCGCCAGGACGACCGGCUCCUCCCUCACCUCACCGUGCGGGAGACCCUCUGCUUCGUGGCCAAGCUGAGACUCCCCUCCCACUUCUCUCAGGCCCAGAGGGACCAGAGGGUGGAUGAUGUCAUUGCAGAGCUGCGGCUGCGGCAGUGUGCGCACACCAGGGUGGGGAACGACUACGUGAGGGGGGUUUCUGGAGGAGAGAGAAGAAGAGUCAGUAUAGCUGUUCAGCUUCUCUGGAACCCUGGUAUUUUAAUCCUGGAUGAGCCCACCUCGGGUCUGGACAGCUUCACAGCCCACAACCUGGUCAUAACCCUGUCCCGCCUCGCCAAGGGGAACCGUCUGAUCCUGCUGUCGGUCCACCAGCCUCGGUCAGACAUCUUCCAGCUCUUUGACCUCGUCGUCCUGCUUUCUUCUGGCUCGGCUGUUUACUUCGGUGCGGCCCGCGACAUGGUUCCUUACUUCACCGCUCUUGGGCACCCCUGCCCCUGGUACUGCAAUCCCUCCGACUUCUAUGUUGAUCUGAUCAGCAUCGACCGGCGCAGUCCUGAGCGCGAGGCCGAGUGUUUGGAGCGGUCCAGGCUUUUGUCUGAGCAGUUCAAGGAAAAGGUCCAAGACAGCAACGACCACAUGUGGAAACCAGCUGAAACCAGUGCAAAGUACAUAGAGAGCGCUCAGCAGCCGAGCAGAAACAGAGAAGAAGUCGUUAAUAUUUCCAGAGAUCGUAACGAGCUGCCCGGUGAGCUGCAGCAGUUCACCACCCUCAUCAGGCGCCACAUGUACAACGACUUCAGAGACCUGGUGUCCCUGUUGGUCCGAGGCUUCGAGGCCCUGCUCAUGUCCCUGCUGGUCGGAUGUUUGUACUACGGGGCCGGGGAGGAGCGGCUGAACAUCCAGGACACCGUGGCCCUCAUCUACAUGAUCGGGGCCCUCACGCCGUUCGCUGUGGUGCUGGACGUCAUAGCUAAAUGUCACACGGAGCGGGCCAUGCUGUACCACGAGCUGGAGGACGGCAUGUACUCCGUGACCUCGUACUUCUUUGCCAAGGUGCUGGGGGAACUGCCAGAGCACUGUGUGUUCACCCUGGUCUACGGUUUGCCCAUCUACUGGUUAGCGGGUCUUAACCAGGCUCCGGACCGCUUCCUGCUCUUCUUUCUGCUGGUGUGGCUGAUGGUCUAUGGCAGCCGAGCCAUGGCUCUGUUUGUGGCCGCCGCGUUGCCCACCCUGCAGACGUCCGCCUUCAUGGGCAACGCCUUGUUCACCGUCUUCUACCUGACUGGAGGCUUUGUCAUCAGCCUGGAGAACAUGUGGCUGGUGGCCUCGUGGCUCUCGUACGCCUCGUUCAUGCGUUGGGGCUUCGAUGGGAUGCUGCAGGUGCAGUUCAGGGGCAAUAAGUACCCGGUCACCAUAAAGAACUUCACCUUCAACAUUGACGGCAUACAUGUGGUGGAGGCCAUGAAACUGAACCAGUACCCCCUGUUCUCCUGCUACCUGGUGCUGGUGGCCGUGUGCUUCGGCUUCAUGGUGCUCUAUUACAUCUGCCUGAAAUUCAUCAAGCAGAAGUCCAGCCAGGACUGGUGAAAACAAAGACCUCACAUGUCCGCACACUUUUAUUUUAUUUCAUUUACUCCACAUAGGAUUUUUUUCUUUCUUUUUUUUUUUUUUGUGAAAGUAGACGGACGUUCGACUGGUUCGACAGAACAUUCAGGGUUAUGGUGUUAUUUUUCAUGUGUGGGUGCUAAAGUUGAGAGGAAAAAGUUCUGCUUUGAAAUUUUCAGAACAGUGAUUGAAAUCUUGAAUGUAAUUCUGCACAGUUAUUUGAGUAGCUUGUUUUUGCUUCUUGCUGCGAGUUAAAUGAGUUGUUUCUGUACCACUGUGUGCUGCUGGAUGGCAGCAGAGUACCGCAACAAUAUCCAGAUUUAUUUUUUGCUUUUCCUUCCCUCUUGGAGCGCUACCUUGGCAGAUGUCCCAUCUGUAGCUUUUACUUGUUCCAUUUUCUAAAACAGCUUUAUUUGUUGUUGUUUUUUUUGUUUAUGGGAGAUUUUUAAGCUUACUGUAACAAUGUGUGUCGGUAUGUAGAGCAGUAAAAACUAGUCUAGUGCAGAUUUUCUCAGUCACCCUAAAAACUUGUAUGUUUUGUGUAGCUGUUAUGUAAGAUGUACACUUUUGCACUGGUGCAAAGGCUAAAAAGUUGAAUGUUAAACCAACAACUGCAGUUUGAGUCCAAAUUAAGAAUUAAAUCAAAUUGCUCAAUUGAAGUGUGUGUACAUUUGUGUGGGGAAACAUCUGCAUCAUCGAUCCUCUUAAAAGAUGUCCUGGCUGACAUUAGAUAACAUUUUUUUUAUUUUUUUAUUUACUCUUAAUGACCUCAAGCAGCCCCAGAUCUUCUUUGGAAACAGCAGGUCGUGUUAUCUAACGCUUGCCCUUUGAUAGAGCCAACAACUUAUAUGACACGAAACUAAAACAUGUGAGGGCGGAGCAAAGAAUACUGAGCAGAGAAGAGGGGUCAGAGUGUAAGGAGGCUUAAGUUAGUCCGGCAAAGAGAGGUGAAGAAAGAUCAUCGAUAGCAGGACACGUUUUCCAAAAUUUUAGAAACUCUGAGAAUAAUAAAAACAACAAUAUACAAGAUAAUUUGUUUAUGAAUUUGUAAGGAAUUUCCUGAUGCAGACAAUCCUGUGAUCUCUUGCAGCAGACAGCGUCCCAAAACGGCGCUAACUUUUUGUUAGUUUGAGCUAAAACGGAUCGGCCACUUCAAAAAUGUUCAGUUAAAUAAUGAAUUUAGAAUCGACAGGGACUUUGUGUUUCUGAUGUCAGACAAAAGCUGAGGUGUUACUGGGUGAUGUGUCAAAAUCAGCCGUUUCUGACACCUAGUAACACAUCAGACGAAGAUGGAACAUGUCAGCUGUGUUUAUAGAAAACAACAAAAAAAUGUGUCUAAUAAUAAAAGAACGUAAAAGACUCUAAGCUCUUGAGUACGGAAAAAGUACCAACAUCCAUCAUUAAUUAAUUUUUGGUCUAAUCUGACCAAACUAUAUUCUCACAGUAUUUUCAAAUUCUUGUUUAACAGUUUAGGAAACUUAAAAUGGUGUUUCCUUCAACAGUGGAGUCUUGUGGUGAGUGAGAACACGGUCGGCAUGAGUCCAGAUCUUCAUGAAGAUUUCCACAAGUUCUUCUCUCUUGGAUAAAUAAUUUUCUUCACUCUCACAACACGUUUCAUAUUUUUCUCCAGUUAUUCCAUUUAAUUUUUUUAAAUAUAAUUUAUGGAGGGAAAUAGUUUCAUUUCUUUGUCACAGACGCAUGCUGAGAAUUUCAUGCUAGCUGCAACUAUAGAAAUAUAUUUACUCAGAAAAUGCUCAAAGUUUAUUUUACCAAGUGUAUAUUCUUAGAUACAAAUCUUUAUAUUUACGUCAGAUCAUAUUUUAAAAAGGUUUUGCAAGUUUUGUGACCUCAACUUCAGUUUGUGAGUUAAAUAAACAAAAAUGUGUAAAAAUCUUCAGUGUUUUCCACUGAGCUGGACGAAAAACAACAAACAUGAUAAAAUAAAAAAACCCAUUCCAGAACAGACUCAAUUCACCCCUCGUCAUUUAUUAGCAUAAAUACUUCUGUACAUUCAACAUUUUCAUGAACCUUAUAGUCAUUACAGCGGGCAGAGGCUAAAACAGUUACAACGCAUUUUUCCACAGUUUUGUUUCAACAACUUAUAAAAAAGAAAAAAAAGAA